AUGGUCAAGAGGCUGACAGAUCGGACGAUAAGGGUCGAAUCUCCUGCCUCCACCAAUUCCCAAACAGCCGGUGGUGAAGCCGUGGUACGACUGGUCUCUGGAGAUGAACUUGACUCUGUCGGUGUCUCCCUUUUCCAAAAAGUACUGUCUUGCAAUUCUCAUUGCGUUUUCAUUGGCCUCGGAUCCGGAACCAACGAACACCGCAGCGGAGUACGCAUUUUUUGGAGAGUUGUCAAUGAUAAACUUGGCCAAGUCUUCUGCGUAGUAGUUGCAGACAGUCGAAGGGAAGGUAUACACACACUCGGUGGACGCAUCAACAAUCUCCUUGACGAUAUCGGCAUCGCCGUGUCCCAAUGCUCCGACAGCAGCACCCGUGCAACCAUCGAUUAG